UGGCCGCCUUGUAGCAUCUGUUUAUUUUUUCCAUGCAAAUAAUUUCAUUUUGGAUAUCAAGCGCGGAUAGAGAUCAAAUUCAGAUGCAAUCAUGACGUCGAAAAGAACUAGGUCUAUGUCCACAACAGGGACAAGUCUUUAUGAAACAUUAGGAAUAAACAAAGAAGCCACACACGACGAUAUCAAAAAGGCAUAUCGGAAAUUAGCUCUGAAGUAUCAUCCUGAUAAAAAUCUAGACAACCCUGAGACUACAUCUAAGUUUCAAGAAAUCAACAGAGCCAAUGCAGUUCUCAGUGAUACAACCAAAAGAGGAAUCUAUGACCGCUAUGGAUCCGUAGGUUUAUACGUCGCCGAACAAUUUGGCGAGGAAAAUGUCAACACAUACUUUGUGCUUACAAGUGGGUGGUGUAAGGCCCUGUUUGUGUUCUGCGGAGUGAUCACCGGUUGUUACCUGUGCUGUUGUUGCUGUUGCUGUUUUAACUUCUGUUGUGGGAAAUGUAAACCAAAGCCACCAGAUGAAGAUGGCGACUAUGCUAAUUUACAUGAUGAUGGGGAGGGCUCCCCAAUAACAACUGAACCAACUAGUGCUGACUUCAAGAAAGGCGAGAACAGGAAGGAGGAAUUCAGCAGUACUCCGGAGGCCGAGAGUCCAUCAGAACCAAUCAAUACACAGCCAAUCGCCAUGCCCCCGCCACCAGCAUCAAACGCCACCGAAACGACAGGAUUGCGCCAGGAUACACGGCAAACAUCUUACGGUGUCGAUGCGAAUGACGUUCAUAUAUCAGCACAAUAAUAGUGUUGGUCUACGGAGACUCUAAGUUUGUUUUAAGUUGUGUUUGUUGGGGGCUGGUUGAACCUGUUUGGACAAUUCUUGCCGAAUUGUGGGGAUGACUAUUUUGGGAAUGACUCAAAUGCGAGGAAUUGACGCUAUAAGGCAUCAGGUCUUGACAAUAAAACCCUUCUCUGUAAUGCAUAAAUGAAGUACUUCUCAAAACCAAGUGUACUUUCUGAAAAACUGAAUGUUUUGAAAGGUAACAUGCCGCUGGCAGAAAAGACAGAGCCAAAAGAUGUUUUUCAUGUCUUCAACAUGGGACAGUCCCUUGGCCUUGGGUCAUCUGGAUGUUACAGAUGUCAUCCCAUCUGGGUUAUACCAGGUAGAUGGAGGUUCCCAACAAACAUGAUGCGAAACGAAUACUGUCAUCUAUUUAUUCUAAUGUAUUCAAGAAGUGUCUAGCUUCUUUACGACGGUCAUCAGAUAAGUAACGGCCAAUAUCGAGAGUAGGACUCCAGAACGUCUGUGAGGAUUUGACGGACUUGGGACGGAACUUUUACGGCGUCUUUGACGACUGCUAGUGUUUUGUCAGCAUUUUGUAGAAUUCUUCUCAGGCUUUCUUCGAAAAGAUGUCAUCGUUUUGAGUCUGUAAAAUGCCAGUGUUAUAAAUGGUCUCGAAAAAGACUAAGAUGGACUUUUUUUCUUCUUUUUUUUCUUGGGAGUUCUUUUUUCUUCAAAAGGCUUGUGCUUUUUGGUGGCGCCAGUCGUUAGCAAAAUAUCAUGUUAACUCUUAUAAAGGAACUGAUGUGGUCUUUCUCCAAACCACACUGGUCUCAGAUCAGCUUUAUUAAACAGUGUUGCGUUUAUUGUAUUUCAUUUCUUCUUGUCACCACUAGGGGGCAUGAAUUGCUGUAUUGAUAUGCGCUAUCGGUACAUUCCAGUAUAUAAGGUACACACUUAUUGAGUUCAAUAGCUUAUAUGGUAGUCAUUAGAUAUUUAAUAGCUCGAAUGUAUGUGAAGUUCCAGAAUGUGUUGUGCCCGCAUGAAACCUGGUCCUACUAAUCAAGAAGUAGUUUCCAGCUGAUGGAUUGAUUUAGCUUUAUCGUGUUGGAGGUAUCCAACAUUGAAAACUCACGAACAUCUUAUUUGACAGAUGGUUCACUCCACUGGGAUGACAUUAGUUAGGCUUGGAGUAACAUAGACUCAUACAAUCAAUUUCAACUUGAAACUUAUUAAAGAUGGGUCAAAGGUCAUUGAGCAUCAAUAUCAGUAUGUCAGUGACGUUUAUUCACACAUCACUUAGGACUUUUAACAUCAAGAAUGUACAUGUUAUAAUCCAAUGCUGUGAAUACUGAGAAGGCCUGUUUCCACAUGUUCUAGACAUAGAAAUACCCACUUGCUGAGUGAGUCACACUCGUGGGCUGCUUUGCUUCUGCUCUUUACUGAGAAUGAGAAGUAUGGAAUGUUUCCUCUCAUUGGUGAUAACUUCAAAUCCAGAGAAACCCAAAGUCAACUAUCUAGAUUUCAGCGUAUCAGGAAGUGAUCUUGAAUGAGGUUUGUUCACCCGGGUUUCCCUUUGGCCUAUUUUCUUGUAUGAUUACUCAAUAAUGAUUUCCGCGAAAGAGUUCUACUGUGCAUGAGGAAGUCAUGAACAUUCUGAAAUGGAGAGGCCUGCCGUCUGGUAACAUAUCAAUGGACUAUUGUUGGCUAUUCAAUGGGAAGGAUGGAAUGAAGAAUAUUUGUGGCAAAGAAGGCAUUUCAGUAUCUUGUAUUUGCAUUGUGAAUUAUUCUGCUACUCUGCAGUAUAUCCAAUCUUUUUAUUAGCUCAUUAUUCUGGUGUAACGAUAAUUUUGACCCAUUGAAGUGUCCUUGUACGUUUGUUUUACUGCAGAAGGCCGGGCCAUAAUCCUGGACGAAUUAUGAAUAUGACCUUGUAGGAUGUUUAGGUAGAUGAAGGUCGUAACCAUGGCAACUGGGGACCAGAGGCACCUUCUUGCCGUGCUCGUACUAGUCAAAAUUUGUUUUGAAACAGUUGGGUUUAUAAUCUGAUCAUGAUAUAAUCUACAGUUUGCAUGCCUACUUCAUUACCAAUUUGGGGUGUUAAUUUCAAUUGUGCAGGCACUGACAAAUUUAAUGUUGAGAAUUGAAGGGAUAGUUAAAGGGGUUUUGAUCUGCAAGUGUAGGUCAUGUUUGUUUCAGGUAAACCACCGGUGUAUUCAGGCGGCUGUACAUUUCAUGUUGGGCCUCACAUGUUGUAAACAAUGAGACCAGUGUCAUGAACAUCGAUAGGCUCAGGAUAUUUCUAAAUAGAUGGUAAAAACUCAAAUGAUAUCCUGGUUUUUGUGGGAAAUUAAUUUCAUCAUCAAGUGGUUUUAUGUACAGUUAUGUAAUGAAUAUUUUAAUUAUUGUUGCGAUUCAUCAUGUAUAUUUCCACGAUUCACGUUAUUUAUAUGACCUUCUAAGGUCCAGUGACGGCUCAUAAAUAUGCAAGCUGGAGAAUUACUUGAAGUUUUGCCGCACGCAGUCAUCCUGCCUCAAAAGGUUAUAUAUUUGAUCCUACCUGAAAAAAACCCAAAGUAAAUUUAAUAUAAAGUGCUCAAAUUUGCUGUACAUAGGCUUUGGUAGUGAUACAAACUCCUGGUUUCCAUGGUAACAGAUCUAACAUAGACUUGGAAAUCUUUUGGGUUUCAUUACUGAGCUUAAUUCGUUGAGAGGUGUUUGCACAUCUUGUCUUCUCGGUGAAGGGCACAAAAAAGGUUGUUAUCGAAUCUAACAUUGAAUGAUAUUUAUGCUUAUUGUAUGAUCUAAAUGCAUGUGAUAUGUGGAAGUUUUGUUGUGAUUAUAUGUCAAUUUUGUGUCUGACACCAUUUUUUUGUCAGCUCUAUUUAAAUGCAAACCUGUUCUGAGUACAACACAAAUGCUCUUUAUGUAACAAAAAGUCAUUUUGUGUUCCAAAGAGCAUACAGGAGAUUGGUCUUAAAAUGUAAGUUCAAGCUUUAUAAUAAAUCUUGUGCAGUUGUGUUCUAAUCCGACUGCGAAGGCUACUGUGAACAGCCAGAUUUAUGCUGGUCUGGUCGAUUUUCACCAAUAAAGUCAAAUUUCCAAAAUCAAAAUCAUGAAAAUUAAUUUCAGUGGAAAAACCGGACGGAAUUUGCCAAUUCACUAAAAUGAAAGAAAAAUUUGUGAAUUUCAACCUUUUUGGGAAAAUUUCACUAACCGCCAAAAAGAAAAGCCAAAUUUUUUUGCGUGUUACAGUGUGUUGUUUUUAGUAGACUAUGAAUUAGAAUUUGGUUCGUAUGAUUGUGAUUUUCACCUGAUGUUUCAUUCAUCGGUGGUUUGUACAGUCAAAUAGAAAUUGGUAUCCAGAUGUAACCUCCUUGAAUAUCCACAGAAUCUGUAGAAUAGUUUAUGUGUAUAUGGACACUUCUUUGCAUGUCAUCUUGAGUAUUUCAAAGGAGGAGCAUUGGAUGUUGUUGCCAAGCUGAAACCAAUGUAUACUUACCAUGGAUUUCCUUCAUAGAGAUCAGUCACAUCAAAUAAAGACAAUCUACCAACUGGUGGAUGUAUAUUUGAGGUGUAAGCUUACUAUAAGUAUUACCGGCUUGGCAUUAACUCUGGUAAUCCACUUUUGAUAUAAGGUGGCAAGUAGUAUUGGAUAAGUCCCUCUGUAUUGGGACUGCUUCCCUCGCGGGGUACGUCCCGCCAUAUCUGGGACUGCCCCUUGAAGUGAGUAAAUAAUGUUUGACUAAUUGUGGUUGUAUAUAGUCGUCUUGGAAGUAGGAAUUCAGUUUAUGAUCCUGGCACGUUGACCAUGUAUGUAUAGAUUUCAUCUAAUUUGUGUGAGGGGAUCCUCUGUCACCGUUUGUGAUUGGGGCAGCAAUGCAGUGGCCCAUUUCUAGUAACAGUUGGCCUAAUGGGAUCUGUUGUUAACUGCGCCCCGGGAGGUAAUGAUGUGGCAGUGCAACCUUAGGUCCCCAGGCGACCGGUGGAGACUAGAACUAGGACCAACCAUACACCCUGUCACUGAUCAACAGUUGAUCCCCAUCUUCUGUUUACCUCAAGCCACUUCAUGUCAAAAUGGCUGCAACCGAAACCAUUUUGGUCCGUUUUGGUAUCUAAAGAUAUGCCUCACAAAAAUAGCUUCAUGUUGUUUUUUUUCAAAUUACUUAAGUUUCAAGAUUUCUGGUUGUGAAAUUGUAGAUUGUUAAUCAGGUGAGUUUUUUUUGCUUUUUCUAUGAAAUUGCUCUGAAGGAAUGUCGGUGUUCACUGGGAAUGGUGUAUGAUCGUUUCUGAUUGGUGCCUUGCUCUCUCAUAUUACAGCUGAUCAGAUCAGGUAUCAGCCAAUGAAAAGAAACGUAUUAUGCUUGUUUGGCUAAGAAUCGAUCAUCUCCCCAUUUGCAGAUUCUUGCUCGAGGGCAGUGGCAAAAAGAGAUGGUCCUUUAAUGAUGAAAAAAGAGAUGGUCCUUUAAUGAUGAUAGUUGUGAUAUUAUGUUUUUCUUGUGCUAAUUGCACCUGUCCUGUGAUGUGUCUUUCAACUGCCAGAGAUUAGUAUAACAGAUGUUAAUAAACACGUCUUGUAUAGAGAAUAAA